UUUGAACGUCGGAGGUUUCCGGCGUUUAUCCCGUACGCUAGAGCGCGCUAGUUGCCCGUGACGUCAGUAGGCGCCAGUCCUUCCUUUCAUCAGCAGCUGCCGAAGGGUCUUCUUCCGCGUGGUCAUCGGACACGAACAUUAUCGAUUCAAAAUGAAUGCCGAAAAGCUUGCUAAAUUACAACAGCAGGUCCGCAUUGGCGGCAAGGGUAGUGCCCGCAGAAAGAAGAAGGUAGUUCACCGAUCCUCAGCCACUGACGAUAAAAAACUACAGAAUUCUCUCAAGAAGCUGACUGUUAAUAAUAUAUCAGGCAUCGAGGAGGUGAACAUGAUCAAAGAAGAUGGCUCGGUCAUUCAUUUUAACAAUCCAAAAGUACAGGCUUCUUUAAAUGCUAACACUUUUGCUGUAUCUGGUCAUGCCGAGUCCAAACAGAUUACAGAGAUGCUGCCAAGCAUCUUGAGUCAUUUAGGAGCAGAAGGCUUUAACCAGUUGAAGCGCCUUGCAUCCUCUGUGAAUGCCGGCAAUGUUGCUGCUGGCGGAAUUGAUGAAGAUGAUGACGAUGUUCCAGAGCUUGUGGAAGAUUUUGAAUCUGCCAGCAAGGCUGAGAAAGAGGCACAAAAGUCCACUGAAUCUAGUCACGAGCCAGUUAUUGAUGGUAAAGAGGAAGAUGAUGUACCAGACCUGAUUGAAGUCGAUGAUUCUGUAGCACCGACUGAAGAUACCACAGUAACGACUAACAAAAACGAUAAGGAAGCACCACCGAAUGAGAAAGUCCCUGUGAAAGAUAAAGCCAAGAAAGAUGGAAAGGACAAGAAAAAGAAAGAAGCUGCUCCCUCCAAGCAAAGUGCAGAUAAGGAUGCUUCAGUCACAAACACAGAAGCACAAGAAGUUCCUCCUAGUCCCAUAAAGGAAGUGACAUCUGAAGAAGCCCAGUCGGCCAAAGCCCCGAAAAAAGCUGCUAAAACUGAUGGAACUCCUAAGAAAUCUACAAAAGCUGAAGACACCUGUAAGGAAGAUGCACCAACUGCAGGUGCUAUUGUAGAAACCUCGAAGGAAGUUCCCCCAGAAACCUCUGCUAAGAUCACUGCACCAACCCCAGUUGAGGAGGCUGCACCACCCCCUGCCCCAGUCAAGGAAGCCGAACCAGCUCCUGCCCCAGCCAAGGAAGCUGCACCAGCUGCCCCCGCCCCAGCCAAGGAAGCUGCACCAGCUGCCCCAGCCCCAGCCAAGGAAGCUGCACCAUCUCCUGUCCCAGCUCAAGUGAAGGGUGCUGCAAAGGCGCCUGCCUCAUCCCCAGCCAAGAAGGAUGCCCCAGUCCCAGCCAAGGAGACUGCACCAGUACCAGCAGCUGCUGCUGCUGCUGCUGCACCAGCACCUGCUCCAUCCCCAGCCAAGAUGGCACCAGCAAGUUCUCAAGCAAAGGUGGUGGCUCCAGCCCCAGCUCCUGCUGCUGCUGUGGGUAGCGCAUCUGAGAAAGAGACAGCAACAGCACAGGGUCCUGCUCUCAACAAGCCUGCAGUCACAGAUGAUAAAGAGGCAAAGUCCAAAGGUAAGAUCAAAGAUUUGUCAGAGGAUACUCCAAAGAUAGUGGAAGUUAUACCCAAAGACACAGAAGAAUGAAUCAUCAAAGGAAGCCACAGUGGGGUACAGUUGGCUUCGUGAAGUCCUUACUGCUACUACUGCUGCUGCAGCUGCAAAUGCAUGGGUUAUAAAUUUAUUGAUUUUAUGGGUCUUCUCGUGUAUAAGAUGAUCCUUUUUCCGAUAUAGCUGUCUGAGAUGAAGUUAGGUUUUUCAUGUGUUGUCCAGACAGAUGUCUGUCCAGCAGUUCUUUGUGAUACUGUCUUGACAUGUGUUUUGCUUUGUGUAGCAGAUCUGUUUGAUCAUUUGUUAUUUUGUGUAUAUAAAAGAUUGUAUCUCUUUGAUAACUCCAGAAAUUUUUAUUUCUCUCACUUCUCAACAUAGAUAUGGAAGUUCAGUCUAGAGACUUUGAAAUUACACAGGAUUUUUAUCAAGCCUUGUAACAGUAAGAAUAAAUUAUGAUAAGGAAUGAGAA